AUUCAAGGAUGGAGUGCUGUCAGAAUGACAUCGACUGCCUUCUACCUUGAAUCUCGUAAAGUCUACUUUUCCUACUUAUGUUAUCCCAGAAGUUCUAGAACAAUAUUACCUUAUAUUCUCUUUAAUGGGUCUACAAAAUCAGCUUUCUACAAGACUAUAUAUUAGAGAGUCACAUUCAUGUUUGCAUACUUGCACAUUCAUCUUAGGUGUAUUUAUGUGUCACCAAACAAUUUGUAUCAUUGUUCCAGUACGGCGUGGACUAUGCAAAACAAAUAUCCCCACCCCUUCUCCAACCCCACAACAUCCUGUCUCCAAUGACAAGCUGCAAUGUGUGCAUAAUGUUUGAAAUAAACGUGGAAGCCUUUGCUAGCACCUUCCCCAGUAAAUUCAA